CGUUCCAUGGGGCAGCGCCUAGGUGUCUGAGCACAUUUAAGGACCUCUAGUGGUUUAUGACCCAGACUUUGCCCUACCAGCUCAGCCUUCUGAAUGUUCUCUUCCCUGGAACCUGUCCCAGACACUUAAGAAGAGGAAAAUGUGCCCAGCCUGCCUGGAGAACAGCAUCUGCUCCUAGCCAAGAUCUCCACAUAACAAAAGUAAUGUGGGCCAUGGAGUCAGGCCACCUCCUCUGGGCACUGCUGUUCAUGCAAUCCUUGUGGCCUCAACUGACUGAUGGAGCCACUCGAGUCUACUACCUGGGCAUCCGGGAUGUGCAGUGGAACUAUGCUCCCAAGGGAAAAAAUGUCAUCACGAACCAACCUCUGGACAGUGACAUAGUGGCUUCCAGCUUCUUAAAGUCUGACAAGAACCGGAUAGGGGGAAACUACAAAAAGACCAUUUAUAAAGAAUAUAAGGACGACUCAUACACAGAUGAAGUGGCCCAGCCUGCCUGGUUGGGCUUCCUGGGGCCAGUGUUGAAGGCUGAAGUAGGGGAUGUCAUUCUUAUCCACCUGAAGAAUUUUGCCACUCGUCCCUAUACCAUCCACCCCCAUGGUGUUUUCUAUGAGAAGGACUCUGAAGGUUCCCUGUACCCAGAUGGUUCCUCUGGGCCACUGAAAGCUGAUGACUCUGUUCCUCCGGGUGGCAGCCAUAUCUACAACUGGACCAUUCCAGAAGGCCAUGCACCCACUGAUGCUGACCCAGCGUGCCUCACCUGGAUCUACCAUUCUCAUGUAGAUGCUCCACGAGACAUUGCAACUGGCCUGAUUGGGCCUCUCAUCACCUGUAAAAGAGGAGCCCUGGAUGGAAACUCUGCUCCUCAACGGCAGGAUGUGGACCAUGAAUUCUUCCUGCUCUUCAGUGUGAUAGAUGAGAAUCUUAGCUGGCAUCUUGAUGAGAACAUUGCCACUUACUGCUCAGAACCUGCAUCAGUGGACAAGGAAGAUGAGACUUUUCAAGAAAGCAAUAGGAUGCAUGCAAUCAAUGGCUUUGUUUUCGGGAAUUUACCAGAGCUGAACAUGUGUGCACAGAAACGUGUGGCCUGGCACUUGUUUGGCAUGGGCAAUGAAGUUGAUGUCCAUACAGCUUUUUUCCAUGGACAGAUGCUGACCACUCGUGGACACCGCACUGAUGUGGCUCACAUCUUUCCAGCUACCUUUGUGACUGCUGAGAUGGUGCCCUGGGAACCUGGUACCUGGUUAGUUAGCUGUCAAGUGAACAGUCACUUUCGAGAUGGCAUGCAGGCACUCUACAAGGUCAAGUCUUGCUCCGCCACCCCUCCUGUGGACCUGCUCACGGGCAAAGUUCGACAGUACUUCAUUGUGGCCCAUGAGAUUCAGUGGGACUAUGGCCCGAUGGGACAUGAUGGGAGUACUGGGAAGAGUUUGAGAGAGCCAGGCAGUAACUCAGAUAAGUUUUUCCAGAAGAGCUCCAGCCGAAUUGGGGGCACUUACUGGAAAGUGCGAUAUGAAGCCUUUCAAGAUGAAACAUUCCAGGAGAAGAUGCAGUUGGAAGAAGAUAGGCAUCUUGGAAUCCUGGGGCCAGUUAUCCGGGCUGAGGUUGGUGACAUCAUUCAGGUGGUCUUCUACAACCGUGCCUCCAAGCCAUUCAGCAUGCAGCCUCAUGGGGUCUUUUAUGAGAAAGACUAUGAAGGCGCUGUGUACAAUGAUGGUUCAUCUCACCCUGGCUUGGUUGCUAAGCCCUUUGAGAAAGUAACAUACCGCUGGACAGUCCCCCCUCAUGCUGGUCCCACUGCUCAGGAUCCUGCUUGUCUCACCUGGAUGUACUUCUCUGCUGCAGAUCCCAUAAGAGACACAAAUUCUGGCCUGGUGGGCCCCCUGCUGGUUUGCAGGGCUGGUGCCUUGGGUACAGAUGGCAAGCAGAAAGGGGUGGAUAAAGAAUUCUUUCUUCUUUUCACUGUGUUGGAUGAGAACAAGAGCUGGUACAGCAAUGCCAAUCAAGCAACUGCUAUGUUGGAUUUCCGACUGCUUUCAGAGGAUAUCGAGGGCUUCCAAGAUUCCAAUCGGAUGCAUGCCAUUAAUGGGUUUCUGUUCUCUAACCUGCCCAGGCUGGACAUGUGCAAGGGUGACACAGUGGCCUGGCACUUGCUCGGCCUGGGCACAGAGACUGAUGUGCACGGGGUCAUGUUUGAGGGCAACACUGUGCAGCUUCAGGGCAUGAGGAAGGGUGCAGCCAUGCUCUUUCCUCAUACCUUCGUCAUGGCCAUCAUGCAGCCUGACAACCUUGGGACAUUUGAGAUUUACUGCCAGGCAGGCAGCCAUCGAGAAGCAGGGAUGAAGGCAAUCUAUAAUGUCUCCCAGUGUCCUGGCCGCCAAGCCACCCCUCGCCAACGCUACCAAGCUGCAAGGAUCUACUAUAUCAUGGCAGAAGAAGUAGAGUGGGACUAUUGCCCUGACAGGAGCUGGGAACUGGAAUGGCAUAACCAGUCUGAGAAGGACAGUUAUGGUCACAUUUUCCUGAGUAACAAGGAUGGGCUCCUGGGUUCCAGAUACAAGAAAGCUGUAUUCAGGGAAUACACUGAUGGUACAUUCAGGAUCCCCCGGCCAAGGACUGGACCAGAAGAACACUUGGGAAUCUUGGGUCCACUUAUCAAAGCAGAAGUUGGUGAUAUCCUGACUGUGGUAUUCAAGAAUAAUGCCAGCCGCCCCUACUCUGUGCAUGCCCAUGGAGUGCUAGAAUCUAGUACCGGUUGGCCACUGGCUGCUGAGCCUGGUGAGGUGCUCACUUAUCAAUGGAACAUCCCAGAGAGAUCUGGCCCUGGGCCCAAUGACUCUGCUUGCAUUUCCUGGAUCUAUUAUUCUGCAGUGGAUCCCAUCAAGGACAUGUAUAGUGGCCUGGUAGGGCCCUUGGCUAUCUGCCGGAAGGGCAUCCUGGAGCCUCAUGGAGGACGGAGUGACAUGGACCGGGAAUUUGCCUUGUUAUUUUUGAUUUUUGAUGAAAACCAGUCUUGGUAUUUGGAGGAAAAUGUGGCAACCCAUGGGUCCCAGGAUCCAGGCAAUGUUAACCUACAGGAUGAAACUUUCUUGGAGAGCAAUAAAAUGCAUGCAAUCAAUGGGAAACUCUAUGCCAACCUUAGGGGUCUUACCAUGUACCAAGGAGAACGAGUGGCCUGGUACAUGAUGGCCAUGGGCCAAGAUGUGGAUCUACACACUAUCCACUUUCAUGCAGAGAGCUUCCUCUAUCGGAAUGGCGAGAACUACCGGGCAGAUGUGGUGGAUCUGUUUCCAGGGACUUUUGAGGUUGUGGAGAUGGUGGCCAGCAACCCUGGGACAUGGCUGAUGCACUGCCAUGUGACUGACCAUGUCCAUGCUGGCAUGGAGACCCUCUUCACUGUUUUGUCUCAAACAGAACACUUAAGCACUAUCACCACCAUCACCAAAGAGACUGAAAAAGCAGUGACCCCUAGAAACAUUGAAGAAGGCAAUGUGAAUAUGCUGGGCAUGCCGAUCCCCAUAAAGAAUGUUGAGAUGCUGGCCUCUGUUUUGGUUGCCAUUUGUGUCACCUUCCUGCUCACUGCUGUGGCUCUUGGUGGUGUGGUUUGGUACCAACAUCGACAGAGAAAGCUACGACGCAAUAGGAGAUCCAUUCUGGAUGACAGCUUCAAGCUUCUGUCUCUCAAGCAGUAAUAUCUGGAGCCCGGGUAUAUCCUCAGAAAGCACAUCUCUCAUGCAUUCCCAGCAGGCCAUGGACUAGUAGCUAACUCCACUGUCAAAAGAUUAUGGGUGGUGGAGAAGCAGAAGAGGGAAUCAAGCUUAUCUGGGUAUUUCUUCCUUUAUUUAUUUUACAUGGAAAUGAUAUGAUUUUACUUUUUCUUUAGUUUCUUUGCUCCACAUGGGCACCUGGGACUGAGGGAGUACCUUAGUACCCUACAUCACAAAUUUCAAUGGCUACAUUAUAUUGCCUUCUGACACUUGGAGGUCUUGAAAUUUCUAGAAAUGAAUCCUUCUCACAAAGUAGAUACCAAGAGAAAAACUCAUUGAUUGGGUUUCUACUGCUUUCAAGGACUCAGGAAAGUUCACUUUGAACUGAGGCCAAGUGAGCUGUUAAGAUAACUCACAUUUAAACCAAGGACUAAGAACAUAGGUUUGAUGGGAAACUGAAGGUAGGCUGGGAAUUGGAAAUCCAAAUUGAAUUUUGAUUCACCUUGGCAGUGAACUACUUUGGAGAAGUGGUGAAUGGGUUGUUGCUGCCAUGAGCACCUACAACCUCUGAAGCCAGAAGUUCCUCAAGAAAGCCAGUCCUCCAAGUUCCUACACAGUGGCACUGAAAGGAAUGUUGAGUGAUCUCUCCAUGUUUUAGACAACAAACCCUAUUCAUUAAAGUACUUGUUAGAACACUGAAA